AUGUCCAAACCGUCAAUUGGCUUCGUCGGCCUCGGCGCCAUGGGCUUCGGCAUGGCCACAAACCUAGUCAAGCAAGGCUACCCCGUACACGGCUACGACGUCUUCCCCGCAUCAGUCGAGCGCUUCAAAGCCGCAGGCGGUAUCCCCGCCUCUUCACUCAAAGAGUCCGCCAAGGACAACGAUUACUACGUCUGCAUGGUCGCCUCCGCGCCGCAGGUGCAGAGCGUGCUCUUCGGUGACGAGGGUAUUGUCGCAGCUCUCCCCCAAAACGCAACCCUCCUCCUCUGCUCCACCGUCCCAGCCUCCUACGCGCAAUCCGUCUCCGCCGAGCUCGUUUCAGUCGGACGCGCAGAUAUCAACUUCAUCGACGCCCCAGUCUCUGGCGGCGCAAUCCGUGCCGCAGCAGGCACAUUGUCCAUCAUGGCCGGAGCAUCUGAUUCCGCGCUCGAAAAGGGCCGCUUCCUGUUGCAGGAGAUGUCGGAUGCGAAGAAACUGUAUCUUGUUCCCGGUGGUAUUGGCGCGGGCAGUAAUAUGAAGAUGGUGCACCAGGUUCUUGCUGGGAUUCAUAUUCUGGGGGCUAGUGAGGCGCAAGGGCUUGCUGCGAAACUGGGACUUGAUGCUGCUAAGACUGCGGAGAUGAUUAAGGGGAGUCGGGCUUGGUCUUGGAUGCAUGAGAAUAGGUUGCAGAGGAUGCUUGAGGAGGAUUGGCAUCCUGGUGCUAGUGCUUUGACUAUUAUUCUUAAGGAUGUGGGCAUCAUCACAACCUCCGCACGCCAAAGCCAAUUCCCAACACCCCUCUGCUCAACUGCGGAACAGGUCUAUCUCUCCGCUUUAUUGCAGGGAUACGGCGCAGUCGAUGAUUCAUCUAUGGUGCGACAGUACUUCGCCGAGCCCAUUACGAAAGUCGCUUGCGCCAUGUCUGCGGACGAGACUGCCGAAGCUACGCAGUUAGUGCUGGAUAUGAUGGAAGUGACCAACCUCGUAGCAGCGGCUGAGGCUGUGUCCUUUGCGCGUUUCUUGAAUGUCGAUCUGAAGCAGUUCUAUGAACUAGUCAGCGAUGCUGCUGGCUCCAGUCGGCAGUUCAUGACUAAGGGAUUGGAGAUGAUUGAGGGUCGUGCUGAGGGUGAGAAACUUGAGGAGGCUGUUUCGCGUCUGGAGAAGGCCGUGCAGAAGGCAAGGGAUUUGCAUUGUCCGUUGAAUCUGGGCAAUGCUGCGUUGAGUGUGUUGUAUAUGGCUAAGAGGGCUGGAUUGGGGGGUGAGGGGAGUGCUAGUGUGAUUAAGGUUUUUGAAAAAUAG